UAUUGUAAAGACGGAAUAGGUCCUUGUCAACCUACUUGCUAACCGAACGCAGACAACAGUGUGAUUAGUGUUUUGUAAUUGUACUGUCUUUCACUUCGGGAUCUUUGAAAUGGAUUUCACGAUCCGCGCUGCCACGCUUGAAGACUGCAAAGACAUUUCUCGAAUGAUAAUGGAGUUGGCAACGCAUGAAAAAGUACCAGACCAAGUGAAAAUUACACAGAGAGACCUUGAACAGGAUGGGUUCUCCAAAAACCCAUUCUUUCAGUGCAUCAUCGCAGAGGUACCAGAGCAGUACAGGACCAAAGAAGGUCAUGCCAAGGUGGGGUAUGCUCUUUACUUCUAUACCUACAGCUCAUGGAAAGGGAGGUCAGUCUAUAUGGAGGACCUGUAUGUGAUGCCGGAGUUCAGAGGGAAAGGGAUUGGGAAGGCGCUCAUGAGCAAAGUUGCCCAGCUGGGGUUAGCAGCCGGCUGCAACCAGCUGAACUUCGCUGUCCUGGACUGGAAUAAGCCGUCAGUGGACUUUUACCAGAGCCUGGGUUGCUGGGACGUCACGUCUGACCUGGGAUAUCAUUGUAUGCGCUGUGAAGGGGCAGCACUGGAGAGCCUAGCGGAGGGGAAUCCCAAAAAAUGAGGGAGCCCUGCUCCAUACCCACACAUCAGCUGCUGGGAUGGAAGAACUCCAUGAAAAGCACACAGGGUUACACUGACAGGGUAAUUUUCAGUUUUGACUCUUACUUUGUGUAUUUUGGAUGGCAGCCUCUCCCCCCCCACCAUCACUACAACUUUCGAAAUCAUAACGUUGACCUUAAGCUUGAAAACCUGAAACUGGAACCAAAGACUUUAACAGUUUUAGCAGCCUUUCCAAUGUUAAGAAUUUGAUGUAAAAGUAUGGAAGCACAAUACACUGAGAUUUGUUAUGCAUGAUUUUCUUUAAAAAAUUGGCAGGAUACCAAUUUUGUUGCUUUUUUACCCAGCUUGUAUGUUCCAAGGUCAAAGUUUUCAGGCUUCUGUCUCAUGAUGCACACUUUCAGUUUUGUAAACCUGCAAAAAGAGGGGGGCUGGUUUGCAGAGGUGCUUUUCCUAAUGACACAUUAGUUUAUUGACAAACAGUAACCUUCCUCAAGGUAAGGACAGGUUUGUAUUUCAAAAAAUUACGUACAUAGGGUGAGUAAUGCAAUAGAGCAAGCACAUGAAAAAUGAUAGAACUGGUAGCUGUCAUCACAAACUUCUUUUGGAUCAAAUAUAAUGUUGAUGUCCUUUAAAUGUAUCAGAACAGAUAAAUUCCUAGAAAAGGCAAGAUAAGUUAGUUUACUUGAUGAUCAUUUAAGUAAGUGGUUGAAUUCAAAGAGCUAAACUAAAUUUUGUAAAUAUCACUCCCAGAAUAACUGGAGUUAAAAGUAUGGAAAUAUGAACUUUGGAAGUGCAAAAUCACCUGUCAUAUAUGUCUCUGUAUAUAUCGGCACAAAUACUCUUUCAGUUUGUAAGUAAUAGUGGUUGGACCCAGUGGAAAAUGCUCUGAAUUAAUAAGGUCAUGUGAAAAGUAGAUUUUUGGGAGAUCUGGUAUGUAACUUAUGAAAUGUUAAGUAGGGGAAAGUAAGUGUACUUGUCCUGGUAGAUACAUUGACCCAGACUGUUCCCAGUGCUUCUGUGUAGUUUUGUCUCAUAGAACAUCUUGCACACAUUUUUCGUAGGCUCUAUAGGAAAUCUUUGUUGUCUGUUGUGUCACAAAUAUACAGCUCAUGAUAAGGCUAUCUUUUGUGAUACCUUCGGACCUGGAGCAAGUAACCUGUUAAAAUACAAUGUUGUUAUACAGUACAGUACAUGUUGUUUAGGAUGGUGUUAUGUCGCAGUUGUGUGUUAGCUACAAUACAUAAGUUCCCUCAAACUGCGGUGUGUGUAUGCACUUGCGUGUGUUUUACAAGAACGCCAUUCCGAGUGUCAUACGAGACCUGUGUUAGACAUUCUUCUUUGUGCAAUAAUUAAAAGAUGGCGUUUUAUCACUUGUGAAAGUGCUGUGACGGUAUAUCCCCAUGUAAGAAACACAGUUGAUUAAAGCUUAAGGCAAUCU